AUGGCCCGCCGGUAUCCCUUCUCCUCCAUCUUGAGCCUCCUGCUCCUCCUCCUCUCGUUGGCUGCCGUGCAAUCCCAGGCCGGAAAGCUACACCAAGAGCAUGGGGACGCACCGGUUCGCCGCUCGCCAGACGGCGUCGUGUCUCUGAGGGGCAGCCUCUUCGAGACAGACAACGUCGUGCCAGGCGAGCAAGCCCAUGCCGCAGCGAGACCUCGCCUCGUCCCGCGUCAGCUUCGAAACUCCACCACCACCGCCAACGCCACGAUCAGCGAAGCGGAGCAGAUCGUCCUCGCGGCGCAGGCCGAGGCCGCGGAGCGCAACGCCCGGCUCGUGGCCAAUGUGCGACGCAACCGCUACGAGUUCCACUCGCCCACGCCGUCCAAGGGCCUCCUGUCGCCCAGCGGCGACGACAACGCCACGGGCGUCAACGAGACGGUGGCCGAGGCGGCGGCCGUGCUGACCGAGGUCAUGAUCCAAAACGGCACGCUCAGCGUCGACGACGAGUCUGCUGCGUCGGACGGCCCGCUGCAGGCCCGUCAGUCGGGCACCUGGUGGCUCGAGGGCAUGACGCAGAAUGGCCUGUCGCCCUUUGCGCCGUCGGGGUACAAGGUGUGGCGCAACGUCAAGGACUACGGCGCCAAGGGAGACGGCGUGACGGAUGACACGGCCGCCAUCAACAAGGCCGUCUCGGACCAGAACCGGUGCGGCCUUGACUGCGGCAGCACUACGACGCUGCAGGCUGUGGUGUACUUUCCUCCGGGCACGUACAUUAUCAGUGGAAGUAUCAUUCAGUACUAUCACACGCAGUUCAUCGGACAUCCGACGAAUCGCCCCGUGCUGAAGGCGUCGCCGGCCUUUGUUGGUCUUGGCAUGAUCUCUUCUGAUGUCUAUGUUGAGGGCGGAGAGGGAGCCCAGUGGUACAUCAACCAGAGCAAUUUCCUUCGCCAAGUGAGAAACUUUGUGCUGGAUAUGACAUCCGCCCCUCUCCAAGCAUAUGUUGCCGCCAUCCAUUGGCAAGUCGCCCAGGCCACAUCCCUCCAGAACAUCAAGUUCGUCAUGUCCACCGUCGCUGGUAACAACCAGCAGGGCAUGUUCAUGGAGAACGGCAGCGGUGGCUUCAUGAGCGAUCUGGAGUUUGUCGGCGGCGCCCUCGGCAUGUACGUCGGCAACCAGCAGUUCUCCGUGCGCAACCUCAAGUUCUCCAACCACCUGUCCAAGGCCAUCGAGAUCCACUGGGACUGGGGCUGGACGUGGAAGGGCGUCGAAAUCUCCAACUGCCCCGUCGGCAUCGUCAUGGUGUCGCCCGACGCGACAACAAAGGUCGGCUCGGCCAUCUUCAUCGACAGCAAGAUCACAAACUGCCCCGUGGGUCUCCAGCUGCAGAAGCCGGCCGCCAAGGCCGCCAUCUCGCUGUCUCUCUUCUCCGUCACCACGAGCAACGUGCCCGCCAUCGUCAAGUACGUCGACGGCGCCACGCUGCUCGCCGGCUCGACGGGCACCAGCACCGUGGCCGCCUGGGGCGUCGGCAAGCGGUACGACACGCAGAACGGCGAGGCGUCGGGCGUCCAGCAGUCGGGCGCGUACCCUCGCGCGCCCGUCAUCUCGGGCGGCCUUCUCAAGAACCCCAGCAGCCAGACGUCCGGGUUCUUCGACCGCUCCAAGCCCCAGUAUGAGUCGAGGCCUGCCAGUGACUUUGUCAACAUCAAGCUCGCGCCCUACAACGCCAAGGGCGACGGCAAGACGGACGACACGGCCGCCCUGAACUCGGCGCUGUCGGCCACGGCGUCGGCCGGGAAGAUCCUGUGGCUGCCGGCAGGCGUCUACAUCGUGACGGACACGGUCUUUGUGCCCCCCGGCGCCAAGGUUGUCGGCCAGUCCUGGUCUCAGAUCAUGGGCCAAGGCACCAAGUUUCAGAACGCAAACGCACCGUACCCCGUCGUCAAGGUCGGCAACCCCGGCCAGUCCGGCACCGUCGAGCUCCAGGACCUCAUGCUCACGGUGCGAGGCAAGACGGCCGGCGCCAUUGUCUUGCAGUGGAACAUCAAGGAGUCGUCCAAGGGCUCCGCCGCCAUGUGGGACGUUCACGUCCGCGUCGGCGGUGCUGCCGGGUCGGACCUCCAGGUCAAGAACUGCCCGAAGCUGACGGGCGCCGUCAACCCGAACUGUAUCGCGGCUGCGAUGCUGGUGCACCUGACGCCGCAGUCGUCUGCCUAUUUUGAAAACACCUGGUUCUGGGUGGCUGACCACGACCUCGAUAUCCCGGCUCAAACACAGAUCGAUAUUUUUGUUGCUCGAGGUGUGCUCAUCGAGAGCACCAACCCCGUCUGGCUGUACGGCACGGCGAGCGAGCAUUGCGUCCUCUACCAGUACCAGACGAUCGAUGCGUCCAACAUCUUCAUGGGCAUGAUCCAGACGGAGUCGCCCUACUUCCAAGACACGCCUCGAGCACCGGCGCCGUUCGGCACGGCGCCGGCCAUCUACAAGGCGUCCGAUCCCACCUUUGACUUCUGCAAGCCAGGCGAGCGCAAGUGCGCCGUGUCCUGGGGCGUCAGGAUCGUCAACAGUGAGAAGAUUUACAUCUACGGCGCCGGUCUGUACUCGUGGUUCGACAACUACGACCAGGCGUGCGUCGGCACGGAGGACUGCCAGAGGCGCAUGGUGUCCAUCGAGACGAGCAGCGAUAUCUGGAUUUACAGCCUCAUCACCAAGGCGACGAUCGAGAUGAUCAGCCCCGUGGGCGGAGUGGCCGUCCUCGGCAAAGACAACAAGAUCAACUACUGCGACGUCGUCAUGGCCUGGCUGGGCAGCGCCACGGGCGGGAGCGCGAGCAAGGGUGUCAUCUACCGCUCGCCCAUCUCGGCGACUGUCAUUCCGCUGUCGGCGACGACGGUGCCCAAGGGCGCCACGCUGACGAUCGACCGUCCCGUGGCGAGCAACGUCGUUUCGCUGCCCAAAGAUGGCAACCAGAACCAGCCCAAGGGUCCUGGAGCGUCAAAGUGCAACACCUGCGAUCUGGCCCGCGCCAUAUCCUCGACGUGCUGCGGCACGGGAGGCAGCUUGGGCAACCCCAUCAAUGUUCCCGCCGGCGUUCCGAUCCCGAGGCCUUUCCUCCUCCCGCCCGGCUUUGUUCCCAACCAGCCCAUCGUCGACACGGCCGGCAAAGAGUGGCAGGCCGGCGUUCCCUUGACGCAGGAAGUCGAGGUCCCAGCGGGCACAGUCUUCACCUUCCCGCUCAUCGUGCCGGCAGGCCUCCCUUUCAGUGACAAGUACACACCCGAGGAAAACCAGGACGACGACGACAGCGGCGCCCUCUACCUGCCUGCCGACUUCUGGGAGGGCGAGCACACUGUCAGCUGCCGGUACCCCUGCACCAUCGUCUACCCGCCGUCGGCCACGACGACCACCUGGAUCCCACCGCCGCUGACGACGGUGGUCAGCAGCCAGACCAUCACGUUCACGGUCGAGAAGCAGACGACAGAAAAGGUGCACAUCUCCAAGACGACGGUCAAGACGGAGAGCGGCUCGCAGCCGACCGUCAUUGUUGCUCCCGUCCCGGCGCCCAAGCCUCUCUGCAUCAGCUACACGAUCCCCGUCGUCAACAUCAAGGUCAAGUUCGGUCUCUGCCCGCCCGACCUCAAGCCGUUUCCCCCUCCGAUCCCCAAGGUCACCAUCAUUCCCGUGCCCCCCGGCGGCAAGCCGGGGCCCACGACGCCCGGCAACAAGCCUUCGGAGGAGCAGGAGCAGCAGGAGGAUGACGAGACGCGCGACAACCCGGUGUGCCCCUUUAUCCCGUACAUCUCGGACGACUACGACUCGGGCCUUCCGGGGUACAACCCCUUUGACCCGGAAAACUACGAUCCGGACACGGACAGCUACCCGUGGAAAAACGGCGGCAGCGGGAACAACGGCGGCGGCGGCGGCAGCAGCAGCGGGCCGGGCGCCGGCACGGGAACGCCCAAGACGACGACGAUCCCCGUGCCGCCCAAGACGACGCGCACGACGACGGCCACGACGCCCGUGUCGACGAGCAACCCGGUGCCCAAGCCGACGGACCCGCCCAAGCCGAAGCCGCCGCAGCCGGGCACCAACAAGGCGACGUGCUGGGGCAGCGGGCGGCAGGUGUUCGGGCACGAGCUGCAGGACGCGCUCAACAAGUUCUGCGACUACGCCGACGGCACGCGCAUCCACAGCAACCAGGAGUUCGCCAUCGCCAAGUCCGGGUCCUGGUGGUCGAUGCUGCACGUCGGCGUCACGGGCAAGAACAACUGCGAGUUCACGAUCCGCGCCCAGGAGUGCAAGGACAUCCUCAACGAGGUCGUCGGCUGCAAGCCCUACAGCGCCUCGCUGCUGCGCAUCGGCGGCUACGUCGAGAACAACUGCGCCAUCUGGAACCUCGAUCCCGACGCCAGCCUCGACGGCGAGUGUCCGCCGAUCCCCAUUCCCCUUUUGCGCUUGUUCUGCGCCGCGAAGCGCGUGUUUGACUAG